UCAAGAUGUUUGCGGGUGCUUUAAUCGUUGUAGCUGCGGCGGCAUGCGUGUUUUCAGGGGUCCGGGGUGCAACCCAACCACCACCCCAAUACUAUCAGCAGUAUCUGCAGCAAGUGCAAAAUCAGCCUCAGUACAUAAGUGUGCCCCCCAUUCCCCAGGGUCCGACACCGCUGUACGAGGGCGCCCCACACCAUCAACUGUCUCAACAACAAUACAUCCCGGCACCUCCGACCCAAAGGGUGUCGCAGCUACUCCUGCCUUCCGCUGCUGACAGACAGGUUCAGAAGGCUGCUGAGCAGAUUGCAGGACCUCAAUACGCCCAGCAAGUACAGAUCGCCCAGCAGCAAGGACUUGCGAAUGAGGUCAUUGCCAAUUCGCAAAGAAGGGCCAAUUGGCAACUGAUGAGGGCGCAAAAUGUGGCUCGACAACAAAUUGCGAGGCAAAAUAUCGGUGCUGUCCAACAACAAUAUCUGGCAGAUAACAGCGAACCUAUCCAACAGCAGCAGCAGUAUGUACCGGUACAAUCCGUGCAACCGCAACAAUACCAGUUACAGUAUGAACAAGCUUACCAACAACCAACUAGCAAACCGCUUAGGGCUAUCCCAAACCGAGCUACCAAACCCAACCAGCAAAGGGAACAAGAGGAGGAUGAACAUGACGUGAGUAAUUUCAUACUAUUUUUACCCAGCAUGAUUAACGACGACCAAUAG